GCGCGGCGAUAUAAGAAAGCAGCAGAAAACAAGAAAAAGUAAAAUAUAGAAAAAGGAAGAGAAGAAAAGAAAAGCUACUCCGCGGCAUUCCGGAAUUUGCAGGAGAACGCGUUCGAUCUUGCAGCAAUCAUGUCUUCCCUUGCAGCUGCCCGAGCAGACAACUUUUACUACCCUCCAGAAUGGACCCCAAGUCAGGGUUCUUUAAACAAGUUUCAUGGCCAACAUGCUUUGAGGGAAAGAGCAAGAAAAAUAGACCAGGGCAUUCUCAUUAUAAGGUUCGAGAUGCCUUUCAAUAUAUGGUGUGGAGGAUGCAAUUCUAUGAUUGCCAAGGGUGUGAGGUUCAAUGCCGAGAAAAAGCAAGUGGGAAAUUAUUAUUCCACAAAGAUAUGGAGCUUUACCAUGAAGUCGGCAUGCUGCAAACAUGAGAUUGUUAUCCAGACAGAUCCAAAGAACUGCGAAUAUGUGAUUAUGAGUGGGGCCCAACGUAAAACAGAGGAGUUUGACAUUGAGGAUGCCGAGACAUUUGCCCUCCCAGCAGACGAAGAGAGAGGCAAGCUUGCAGAUCCAUUCUAUCGCCUCGAGCAUCAAGAAGAAGAUUUGCAGAAGAAGAAAGAAGCUGAGCCUCUGCUGGUGCGCCUCCAGCGAGUUUCUGAUAUCAGGCAUGCAGAUGACUACGCCCUCAACAAGGCUCUACGUGCUCGACUAAGGGGUCAAAAUAAAAGGGUUGCUGAAGAAGAGGUUGCUGCUAGGAAGAGAGGCCUUGGGAUACGACUGCUCCCAGCCUCAUCAGAAGAUGCAGCAACUGCAGCACGUGUGAGGUUUGCUUCCAAAUUCGAUAAGAACAAGAGGGACAAGCGGGCAGCAAUCAAGGCUGCCUCAAUCUUUGUGGAGCCGACCAGUUCUGCAUCUGAAAAGAAGCGGUUGGAGCUUGAGUCAAAAAGAAGGAAAAUAAAGGCCGUGGCAGCAAAUGCCCUGUUGACGGGGAAGUUCAAACCGUCAUCAUGGUCUCAGAGUUCUGUUUCCUCGGUGGGAAGGCCUGCAGGAGCGACAGUGGCUGCGAGGCUUAGGUAAAUCUUGUCAGUAGAGAGGAAGUGAGUGACCGUUUGAUGUGCAGCUGAAAUGGGAUUUUGGAUGAUGCGGGCAACGGUGGCCAUUGAUGAAUCCAUGUAUUGUCAGGCAACUCAAUUGAGGUUGGGUGGGUGUUAGCUUUUGAAAAUAUGGCGUUGAAUUUGCAAGCAUUGGAUUUAGAUGUCUGUACAGAUAGGAUUUAGUUUCUCCUUAAGCUGUAUUCUUCCGAAUUAUAACUUGCUAUGUUAUUGUGCUCAUAGGGUCGGGCUCCAUGGCUCAGUGGUAGACAGACUGUUUCUACGCACAGAUCAUGGGAUCUGAGUGCCCAUGUGGUGUGGGUGUAUAGGAAAUGAAAAUUGUUAUUAUGCUCAUAUAUAUUUGGUGAAAGGGAAGAAUCUGUCUAUAUACUUAUACAUACUCUCCUUAUUUUAUAUGUAAGGCGUGAGAAGCUUUUGGACA